CCGACACUCCAUACACCUCCCUAGAGUCCCUACACUAUCCGUUUUCGUGAUUUACAUGCAUUGGUGCCUCAUAUCCUCACGGCAUCUUCGUCAUCACUUUCUAUUAUUAUGCAUCUCACCCUGUUGAUUUCCCCCCAUCCUGUAUUUUCUUUGCUUCACUUCUACUGCCAUCCUGUUUGUGUAUCUACUCCUUUUCCACCCUAUCCACCACCCCUAUUGGCAAGUUCUAUUUGUCUCAUAUUUAAGCUUACCAUCUGUUACGUAGACCUCCCGCACUGACCCGAUCAGGUGCUCAUUGGCUGUGGAGUUGUGGUUGGCGAUUCUCCCGUGGGAGAGCUCCCUCAAGGUGUCUUGGUAUAGCUUCACUCCACCCCCAAUGCCGCAAUCUGCAGCCACGGUGGAACCAGCCCAGCGAGGCUGGCCAGCUUGUCAGGAAUCCAUCCCAAGAAAACUCGUUGUCUGGGCGUCGCACUCGAUUUUUUUGGUCCUCGCCUCCCAUGCAAUCAUCCUCCCACACACCCACCCCCUUCUUAGUGCGUAUGGGCCUGAUGUAGAUCCCCGAGAUCCAUAGCAACCCACUACACCUGAGCAGUUCGCCAAUCAGGCUGAUCUCAGAUUGCUC